AUGGCAACAGGAAUGCUAUCGGUACUCGAGGAGCAAGACGAAGAGGAAGCAGUUCUGCUCGACCUGUGGAGAGCUGAACCGGUUAUAGAGCGAAUAAAACCGGAGAAAGAUGAAGAGUCAGUUGUAGAUAAUGGUAAUAACAGAAAGACUGAUCCCCUCUACUGGCUAGCAGAUCUUGCACUAUCUAGUGAGGACAAAAAGCAUGGCGAUACGGGUAGUAGUGAUAGUGAUACGGAAGACAACGACCAAUCGACUCUGCGAGAUCUGCUCAUCAGAGUACCAUCAAAUAAGGGCGGUACGCCAGAGAAGAACAGUAGCUCAUCCGAGAACUGCACAAUGCUGCCGAAUGAAAAUGCAAAGGGCGAACUGAUGUGCACAAAGAACAAGGAAAUUGGUAACAGGACCAAUACUACGGCACAGGUGCAGUCUGAAAAUCUGGUACACUAUGUGAGUCGGUACACGGGAGCUUCGAAGGGAGGAUCGAUGUCACUGCCACUGCGCAUCAUGACGCUGAGUGAGAGCUCCCUGUUUUACCCAGAUGUGCCGCACCUCUGGUUGUGCGAUGGAAAACUGCUGCAAUUGCUCGAGGCCGACAACCCCGGCAACCAUUCCAUCUUCCAGGACCAGUGGAAGCGUGGCCAGCCAGUCAUGGUCAGCAACGUCACCAAGAACAUGGACAUGUCUCUGUGGCAUCCCAAUGCUUUUGCCAGGGAUUUUGGCGAUGACAAAUGCCUCCUGGUGAACUGUUUGACCGGCAAAAUAGUUCCUAAUCAGCCGAUGAGGAAAUUUUGGGAAGGAUUCGACUCGUUGGCCAAACGGCUCAAGGACGAAAAGGGCCAGCCGAUGGCGUUGAAGUUGAAAGACUGGCCGCCAACUGAGGAUUUUUCUAAAAUAUUACCAAACAGAUUCAACGACCUGAUGAAGGUACUGCCACUCAAGGAGUACACUAUGAGAGAUGGUAGCCUGAACCUGGUGUCUAGACUGCCAGACUGCUUCGUACGGCCUGACCUUGGCCCCAAAAUGUACACGGCAUAUGCCACGGCCGGCCAACACAAGGGCACCACCAACCUGCAUCUGGACAUCUCUGAUGCCGUCAACGUGAUGAUCUACGUGAGCAUUCCGGAGGAUGCUUCGGAGGAGGAGUAUACGGAUGCCCUGCGAGCCAUCGAUGAGGCAAACUGCGACAUCCUGACACGAAGACGCGUGCGUGAGUCGGGCAUCCUGCCAGGUGCCCUCUGGCACAUCUACCUGGCACGCGAUGCUGACAAGAUCCGUGACUUUCUGAACAAGGUAGCAUUGGAGCGCGGCGCCCGCCUCCAGCCCCACCACGACCCCAUCCACGACCAGACCUGGUACAUUGAUAGCGAGCUGCAGAAGCGCCUGUAUCGGGAGUACAAUGUGCAGGGGUUCCCAAUCAUACAGUGCCAGGGUGAUGCCGUCUUCAUUCCAGCCGGUGCUCCACAUCAGGUAAAGAACCUACACAACUGCAUCAAGGUGGCCGAAGACUUUGUGUCGCCGGAGAAUGUGUCGCACUGCUUCCACCUGACGCAGGAGUUCCGCGAGCUCCCCGACACACACUCCAACCACGAGGAUAAGCUGCAGAUCAAGAACAUCAUGUACCAUGCUGUCAAGGACUCGCUCCGUGUGCUGUCCACCCUCAAGACUGAACCCUCCGCAUCCGCUAAGCUGCAGUAGCUGCAAUCGACUACCAGUCAUGGCUAGUUGUCACCCCAGUUCAGCUUUUGUGCCAGUAUUAUUUUUGUUGUAAAAACUGUUAGAAUUGUCACGUCAACUAGCAGUUAAUAUCUUUAUAAUAUACUUGAGAAGGAAGAAUAAUAUGUAUUUUCACAUAUUUUUGUAUUCUUUGUGUAAGAAUUUACUUACAUAAGAAUCUGAUCAUUCACUACUGUUAGCUUUAAUCUGUCGUAAAGCAACUAAACCAUUCCUUCUGACUUCGUUGAGUAAGUGCAAUAAAUAAUUGAGAGUUGUUUUAGUUUGUAAAAGUAUUAUAAUUAUUUUUUUUUAUCUAUUCAUCCACCCUGCAAUAAAAGUUAUAAUGGUUAGUAUUUCCUGUAAUUGCUUAAAUCAGCUAAGGAAACUUCAGUUUUCAGCCUGUAGUGAUAUCUGAUUUAUUUAAAAUCAGUUACUGUUACUGUUAAUGUCAAAGAACAAUAUUCUAUUAUCUCAUCCAGUUUCAAGAAAAAUAUCGAGAAAAAUUCAGGAGAAGUGUUUCUGGAGUCACAGUAGAUUCUUUCAAUGAAUCAAAUCAACCAGAUAUUGAUACUCCUGGAUUUGUCACAUUCAAUAAUUAUCUAUUCUAUUAAAUUCAGAGGUAUUUUGAAAUAUUUGUCGGCAGAAGCUUUUUAAAAUAGAUUAAAAGCUCAUUCAUUAUCUGAUCAUUUAAAAAAAUUAUAAUUAAUCUUAUUUUUAUUAUUGAAUUCAGCAGAUCGCAACAUUUUAUUUGAUUGCUUGUACUCUAACGGAUAUAUUUUCAAUAAUUACACAAUGAUUAUGUACAAGUGAUAUGUGAAUUGAAUGUUUUGAUGGCUAGAAUAAUUGUUGAUAUACAUUUUUCCUCACUGAUGUGAUAAUAAUAUAGUACCAAUUAAAAAUGUAAAUUAAGAACUAUGUAUAUUGUUGAAAAUAUUAAAUAGAAUUUUUGUAAAUGCGCCAAGA